AGCCAAUCUGCUAAUGGAAGAAAGCCAAAAGAACGGUUGACUGUGGACGCUUAUUUCAAGUUUUUUGUUUAUUGAAUAUCAAUAUCAAUUUCCUUGUUGAAUUUUUGAAUGUAUUCUGUUAUCCUAAAUUCCUUUCACGUGUAUGACUAAAUUGUAUUUUGGUGAGGUUGGCCGCGCUGCUCAACUAAGGGAUAAAGCUUAAAGAACGACGUUGACUGUGUACGAUUAUUUCAAACAUCUAGUAAGUAAACUUACGUUUAAUUUUGCCUAAAAGUUUUAAAGUAAUUGCCCCAUAUAGGACUAAAUGAGAAGACAAAUUCUCAAAUAGGACUAUGUAUGUUUCCCCCCAAAUAGGAUUGAUUUACUCCUAUUUUAAAACAUCUGUAUAUUUCAUUCCAUUAUUACCCCCCUUAUCCCUUUACGCACAUCUCCCCUCCCCUGCGCACAACCGUUUCCCCUUCUCCCCUGUGCAUGUCUUCUCUUUCUUCCAUGCACAUCAUGGAUCGGCUUCACCCAGGCCAUCGCCGCCGCCGUCGACUUCACCCUGCGCACCAGAUCGAUCGAGUUCCUCUCACGCCGCCGAUUUUGCCGCUGCCAUUAAGCAUAUAAAUAAUGAUUUGAGUGGGUUGAAGCUGCAUUGAAAAACUGUCUUCUCAAGGACGUGCAGGUUGAGAUGUAACUGAUCUACUAUUGCAUUUCGAAUGGCAUUAAGGAGUUGCCACGUGGUUGGGUGGAUUGGUGGAUGAGUCGUGAAGUUAGUGCGCAGCAUUUGCCGCAAUGGAAUCAGGCAGGAACAAGUUUUCCCAGCUGAUUCCAUUGUUA